AUGUCUUGGACUGAGGUUCAUGGUUGGGCAGGAAAAGGAGGUUCUUAUCUUGGCACCAGAAAACAAUUAGCUGAAGAAGCUGGGUUGGGAAAAAUCGCGCACAAACUUCAAGAACAUAAAAUAGAAGGCUUGUGUAUUAUUGGUGGAUUUGAGGCGUUCCACAGUUGUCUACAGAUAGCCCAAGCUCGAGAUAGGUACCCAGCAUUCUGUAUACCUAUAACAGUUGUACCUUGUACUAUUAGUAAUAAUAUCCCUGGUUCGGACUUCUCCCUAGGGGCUGAUACGGCCCUCAAUGAAAUUACUGACAUUUGUGAUAGAAUUAAACAAUCUGCCACUGGAACCAAACGUCGGGUCUUCAUAGUGGAGACAAUGGGAGGAUUCUGUGGUUACCUAGCAACACUAGCUGGUCUGGCUGGAGGAGCAGACGCAGCCUAUAUAUAUGAAGAAAAACAUGGCAUCUUAGACUUAAAGGUAUGUUCUCUUGAAUGCAAUUGA